GUGUAUAUAGUUGUUUCAGUUUCAUAAUCUUUGAUCUGUAACUUUCAACUGAACUGGCCCUCGUUCUCUCUCUCUAGAAGCCUCUCUUUCUCUCUCCAUCAUGAUCCUCACAAUCCGUCUCUCCAAAACCCUAGAUUAAUGUCACGUUACAGUGAUAGAAAUUGUUGGACUGCAUUUCUCGAUUGAUUUAACUUGAUGUUUGAUCAGAUCGUCAUUGCAACGAAGCCCUAACCAUGUCUUGGGGACUUGGCUGGAAGCGGCCGUCAGAGGUCUUCCAUUUGACGUUAAACUACGGGACAGAAGAGACCUUUGAUGAUCGCAGCCCUACAUCAUCAUCGGUGUCGUCGCCGUCGACGUCAUCGAGAUUUUCGACGGGAUCCGCCUCGCAGGAUCUUGAGCCUGGGUUCAGGAUCGAUCUUGAUUGGACGACUGGCGAUGACGAAGAUCAAGUGGCUCUGAGGCUGCAGUCUCAUCUGAUGGUUGCGCUGCCGCUGCCGCAGGACGCGGUGGCACUGGAAUUGAAGGCGGCCGAUGAGGAGGCGGGGGAGGGCAAUGUGGCUGUGGAUAUGAAGGUGGUGAAGCGGAGGGAGCCGCUUAGGGCGGUGACGAUGUACAAGGUUGGUGGGUCCGGGCAGCAUAGUGAUGGAAUUGGGGUGCUUACGAGACUGUUGCGCUCGAGUAUUGUGCCCCCGGGGACGGCGACGGCGACGGCAGCAGGCACUUCAUCGGUUGGGGAUGGGGUGGUGAGUUACUCAGAUCAUUGGACGAGCGUUACUCUGCUCAACCUCGUUGGUUGUGGGUUGUCGGUAUUACCAGUAGAGUUAACUCGGUUGCCUCUUCUUGAGACGCUAUACCUUGAUAAUAACAAACUAGCAGUCUUGCCAUCUGAGCUUGGGGAUCUCAAAAACUUAAAAGUUCUAAGUGUUGACUACAAUAUGCUUGUUUCAGUACCUGUGGAGUUGAGACAGUGUGUUGGACUGGUGGAGUUGUCAUUGGAACACAAUAAGCUGGUUCGACCUCUUCUUGAUUUCAGGUCAUUUCAUGAUCAGGCUAUGGCUGAGUUACGUGUUCUUAGACUAUUUGGUAAUCCCCUUGAAUUUCUUCCUGAAAUUCUGCCAUUGCACAAACUUCGCCAUUUGUCUCUUGCAAACAUCAGAAUUGUGGCAGAUGAUAAUUUAAGAUCAGUGAAUGUGCAGAUAGAGAUGGAGAAUAGUUCUUAUUUUGGUGCAUCUCGACACAAACUGAGUGCCUUCUUCUCGCUUAUAUUUCGUUUUUCUUCUUGUCAUCACCCACUGCUAGCAUCUGCCCUUGCAAAGAUAAUCCAAGACCAAGGAAACCGUUUGUUUGUUGGCAAAGAUGAGAAUGCUGUACGGCAGCUCAUAAGUAUGAUAAGUAGUGAUAACCGCCAUGUGGUUGAGCAAGCAUGCUGUGCUCUGUCAUGUCUUGCAGAUGAUGUUAUCGUGGCUUUGCAGCUGAUAAAAUCUGACAUUAUGCAACCCGUUAAAUUAGUGUUGAAAUCUUCUGGACCUGAAGAACUAAUUUCUAUUUUGCAAGUUGUGGUCAACUUAGCUUUUACUUCUGAUGUUGUAGCUCAAAAGAUGUUGAGUAAGGAUUUAUUGAAAUCCUUGAAAUUAUUAUGUGCACAUAAAAACCCAGAGGUUCAAAAGUCAGCUCUAUUCGCAGUUGGAAAUCUAGCUUUUUGCCUAGAGAACCGCCGGGCUCUUGUUACUUCUGAGAGUUUGAGGGAACUUCUUUUACGGCUGACAGUUGCAUCUGAACCACGUGUCCGUAAAGCUGCUGCUCGUGCUUUAGCAAUUCUUGGGGAAAAUGAGAAUCUACGGCGUGCUAUUAGAGGGAAACCUGUUGCAAAGCAAGGUUUGCGUAUCCUCUCAAUGGAUGGGGGCGGUAUGAAGGGUCUUGCAACGGUGCAGAUUUUAAAGGAAAUUGAGAAAGGAACAGGGAAACACAUACAUGAGUUGUUUGACCUUAUAUGUGGCACAUCAACAGGUGGGAUGCUUGCUAUUGCUCUUGGAGUCAAACUUAUGUCCUUGGAAAAAUGUGAAGAAAUAUACAAAAAACUAGGGAAACUUGUCUUCGCUGAACCUGUGCCAAAGGAUAAUGAAGCUGCAACUUGGCGAGAAAAGUUGGAUCAGCUUUACAAAAGUUCAUCACAAAGUUUUAGGGUUGUUGUACAUGGAUCUAAACACAGUGCAGAUCAGUUUGAGAGGUUGCUGAAGGAGAUGUGUGCCGAUGAGGAUGGUGAUCUCUUGAUUGAGUCAGCUGUGAAAAGCAUUCCCAAAGUUUUUGUAGUAUCAACUCUGGUCAAUGUCGUUCCAGCUCAGCCCUUUAUAUUCCGCAAUUACCAGUACCCUGCUGGCACACCCGAGGUACCUUCUGCAAUUUCAGAAGGUUCAGCCUUCAGUGGCCUAGGAUACAAACGCAAUGCAUUCAUUGGAAGUUGUAAGCAUCACAUAUGGCAAGCUAUAAGAGCUUCUUCUGCGGCUCCAUAUUAUCUUGAUGAUUUUUCUGACGACGUGUUUCGCUGGCAAGAUGGUGCUAUUGUAGCAAAUAAUCCAACCAUAUUUGCCAUACGAGAAGCACAACUUUUAUGGCCGGAUACAAAAAUUGACUGUUUAGUUUCUGUUGGAUGCGGUUCAGUUCCUACAAAGAUUCGAAAAGGUGGAUGGCGUUAUUUGGAUACUGGGCAAGUGUUGAUUGAGAGUGCUUGUUCAGUGGACCGGGUAGAGGAAGCUUUGACUACAUUGCUUCCUAUGCUUCCUGAAAUAAAUUAUUUUCGUUUCAAUCCAGUGGAUGAGCGUUGUGAUAUGGAGCUGGACGAGACUGAUCCUACUGUCUGGCUAAGGUUGGAGGCUGCAACAGAAGAGUACAUUCGAAGUAAUUCUUCUGCAUUCAAGAGCGUCUGUGAAAGACUGCUACAGAAUCAGCAUGAUGAGAAGCUCUCAGAGUAUUUGAAAUCACAACCCUUACAGCACGGAAAGGCCUCACACACUGUGCUAAACCAGAAGAGCCCCUCUCUGGGAUGGAGACACAAUGUCUUACUUGUUGAAGCUUCUCAUAGUCUUGAUUCAGGACGAGUUUUCCACCAUGCUAGGUCACUUGAGAAAUUCUGUAGUGAAAAUGGAAUAAGAUUGUCUCUUAUGAAUGGGAUAUCAGAAAGUUUGAAGGCUGUACCUGGGACAACAUUCCCGACACCAUUUGUAUCACCACUGUUCACUGGGAGCUUUCCGUCAAGCCCACUUCUGUACAGUCCUGAUAUUGGGACUCAAAGGAUUGGUAGAAUAGAUCUAGUCCCACCUUUAAGCUUGGAUGGGUUUCAAUCUGGGAAAACAGCUGCUUCACCACCUGAGUCUCCCCCUGGACCCAGGCAGCUCUCAUUGCCUGUCAGGUCCUUGCAUGAGAAGUUACAAAAUUCUCCACAAGUAGGAAUUGUACAUUUAGCUCUCCAAAACGACACUAGUGGCUCAAUAUUAAGCUGGCAGAAUGAUGUAUUUGUGGUUGCUGAACCUGGAGAACUUGCAGAUAAGUUUGUACAGAGUGUAAAAUUUAGCUUCCUGUCAAUGUUGCGGGGCAAGGACAAGAAGUAUACAUCAGCUGUUACCAACAUAUCCACUGUUGCUGAGUUGGUUGCAUUUAAACCAUACUUCCAGAUUGGAUGCAUUGUUCACCGAUAUAUUGGACGCCAAACACAAGUUAUGGAGGAUGACCAAGAAAUUGGGGCAUACAUGUUCCGUAGGACAGUCCCUUCUAUGCACUUAACCCCUGAUGACGUUCGGUGGAUGAUUGGAGCUUGGAGGGACAGGAUAAUAAUUUGCACAGGCACAUACGGUCCUAUUCCAGCUUUAAUCAAGGCCUUUCUGGACUCGGGUGCAAAGGCAGUUAUAUGCCCUUCUGCUGAACCCCAAGAAAUGCAGACGACAACAUUUCAUGGGUCAGGCGACUUCACUGCUCUGGAGAAUGGUAAGUUUGAGAUUGGAGAGGAAGAAGUAGAGGAGGAAGAAGCAGAACCUGGCAGUCCAAGGAGCGAUUGGGAAGACAGCGAACCUGAGAAAACCGGGGAGAGGUCUAUGCCUUAUUGGGGCGAUGAUGAAGAGGAAUUGUCUCAGUUCGUCUGCCAGUUGUACGAUUCAUUAUUUCGGGAAGGUGCGCCUGUAGAUGUUGCCCUCCAACAUGCCCUUGCCUCGCACCGUAAGUUGUUGAGGUAUUCAUGCCACCUUCCCAAUGUAUCAUAAGUCUAUUGAAAAUAGCAUUUAGACGACGACAAUAUGAACACUGAAAAACACUCACAAAAUUGAAAUAAAAAGAAAAAGGGAAAGGAGAGGAGAGGGAGAGUUAUAGAUGUAUGAGUGGAAUAAUCAAAGAUAAUUAAUUAAUCAGAGGAAACAUCCAAUUUUGAGGCGUACAGAUUCAUCUGUUGUUAUAAUAA